AUGACGAGUCCUGAGAGACGGAAAGGGCCAAACUUUUACAAUCCGUGUGAUCACAAUAAUCAAAAUCCAUUCCAAACUAUAAACAAACCAACAAAAAACUUAAAAUCAACCGAGUGUAUGUUCAAAAGUGCAAAUUUCGAACCAUUCAUAAAAUACUUUAAACAAGAACGAAUCAAACUUGGCUACACUCAGUCGGAUAUCAGUCAAUUGAUGGAGGAAAAAGGGAUCUCCAUAUCACAGACCACUGUGUGCCGUUUCGAGUCAAACCAACUGUCAUUCUCAACUCAAAACAAACUGAUAAACAUUUUUAGAAAGUGGUUGCUGUCCUUAAGAUCGUCAGACCAGAAAACCGCUUUAAUAUACUCAUUCGAGGAAAUCAAAAAACGAAAAAAGCGAACUUCGUUUGACUGUGCUGAAAAAACAUUUCUUGAAAAUUGGUUUCGCGAGGAUCAAAGACCUUCCCCCAGAUCGUUAACCGACAUUGCCGAGUUGCUGUCCAUUGAGGAGGACGUCGUCAGAAUUUGGUUUUGUAAUAGACGUCAGAGACUAAAAAAAUAUCAUAUAUAA